CAUUGGUGUUGCUGGAAAUCGAAACUUAUCAAGUCAGACACGGAGGCUCGGCGGGUGUCUUCCUCCUCGGCUGGCUGUUUCUCAGCGUCAGCUCGACUAAUAUAUCCUCAAGAAGUGACUCCGUCUUUCCGCCUAUUUGGAGAUUAAAUGGCACGCUUUUAAACUUAACUUCAGUCCAAUGCACUUCCUCGCUUCAUCAGGGAACAAGCAUGGACCCUGCCAGACAGAAACGCCAGGAGGAGAUAACCAAAGCCCUGACUUUCAUACAGUCUUCACUAGCGUAUCCAGAGCCGGAUGGAUACCAGGACUUCCUCACCAAGUUGGUGUGCAAUCUGCUGGAUGAGGGCAACGCCUUCUUCAGGGACGAGGACUGGGAGCAGGCGGUGAGACAGUUCACUGAAGCCUUGAACGUCUCAAGCUACGCUGAAGCCGAGGAGAUCCAGAUCCCCGAGGUUUUGCUGGAGAGUCUUUAUGUGAACCGGGCUGCUGCCUACCACAGCAAGGGGGAAUAUGAGCGGGGCGUGAAGGACUGCGACCGAGCUCUGACGGUGUGUAAGGAAAGCCGCAGGGCUCUGUUCAGGAAGGCCCUUUGUCUGAAGGAGCUCCGGAAGUACAAGGAGGCGUACAACUGCACCACAGACUGCCUGCUGAUCAACAGACUGGACCAAGAGGUGAAUGAUCUCGCUCAGGAGCUGGCCGUCCAUCUCAAACUGAAGAACCGGAAACCAUAUGUGGCUGCAAAGGAAGGCGGACUCAUCAAGAGAGCGGUCACAAACGGAAACACGACUGUUGAAGCCAUCAAGGUAUCCAGUGCUCAUGUAGGAAAUGGUUUGAAUCCUCUGAGUGGCUGUGCACCAGUCAGUUUUCCCAGCAUGCCUCAGUCCUCCGUUCCCUCCCGAGCUCCCAGCUUCAGACAACCUGCGGUCGCCUCAUUUCCUGAAAUGCUCGACAAUCUAGACGACACAGAGCUGAUGGGAGACGACCUGGACAGACUGCUCGACGACUUCCCUGAGGAGCACGCCCCGACUGAGACCCUCACCCAGGCAGUAUUCCCAGCCCCCCGCAGGACACCCACCUCCGAACAGACCCUCUCUUUCAUCCUUCCCGCUCCGACCCCUCAGCUUCCCCCGGCCUUCUUCAGCUCCUCCGUCAGCGAGCUCAACUCCCUGGACUCCUUCUGCGGGGUCAUCAGCACCAACACUGGGGCCCUGGACGCCCUGGAUCACCUCUUGACCUUUGGGAUUAGCAUUUCUCCAGAGUUGCCGUUGCCCUCCGUGGCGCUGGAUGGUCUGGAUGAUCUGGAUUGCCUGGAUGACUUAUUGGAUAACGUUGCUGCUGGGAAUGAGUCCAUCUGUGAAGUGGAGGCAGGGGAGAAGUCUCUGGACGAUCUGCUGGAUGAACUGGAUGAACUGGAUCCUCUGAAGUCCGUUUGUGUUUCAGGAGGUCAGAGUGCCAUGGAGGAGCUCGACUCUCUGGAUGCCUUGGAUUUGUUUCCCUCGGAUGAAGGUGUUAAGGCCAUUUUCCCACCAGUCUCCUUCGGGGCGGCAGGCCUGGACACGCUCUCCGAUUUCAGCUCCACCGGUAUCUCAGGCUCUCACGCUGCUGCAGCUCCAGUGAUGCGAUCUCAAAAGAAUACCUCCAAAGCAACCAAGGAGAAGAAAAACCCCCCGCAGCUUGCAGUCACUCACCCGUUAUCCUCCACCCACGAAUUCCUGCAGGCCUGCACCGCCUGUUUCCCUCAGAGAGGUCAGAGCAUGUAUUCAUUUGUUCACAAGCCGGACCUGGUCCACAGCUGUAAAGGAAACAUGUUGUUGUGUCGACGAAGAACCGACCCUCCUUCAGAGUGGACCAGAGUGAGACAGAUCCCCAAUUGUUCCUUCAAGGGGCCGUUUGUACUCUGCAGAGAACUGCUGAGCUCCGGGGAUUUGGGCAGAUGUAAAUUCGGAGAGGACUGCACGUUCGCCUACAACCAGCUGGAGAUCGACGUUUGGAUGGAAGAGAGGAAGGGGACGCUGGACAGACAGCUGCUGUUUGAGACGGAACGUUUAAAACUGGACCCCGUGGACAGCAUCCUGCACCUUCUGAAGGAGAACAAGGGCGUGUUCGUGUUCCUCUGUCAGGAAUGCUAUGACGGUAAACCUAGGAUCAUCAGUAAUCGCUGCAGAGACAAUCGCACCACCUGCUCCAACCUGGACGCUCACCACACCUUCGAUGCCAACAAAUGCUUGGCGUUUGUGAUGAGGACCCACAGUGUGAACUACAGAAAGGUCCGGCCCCUCAGCAUCCUGUGCUCUUUGGAUUUGUGCCGCCACGCCAUCCGCUACGGCUGCCAGCGAGAGGACAGCUGCUGCUACGCCCACUCCGUCAUAGAGCUCAAAACCUGGAGGGUGCAGCGAGACACAGGUAUCAGCCCUGACGAGAUAGUGAAAAUAUCCACAAAGUAUGCUGAGAAUCAGGAGCAAAUCUCAAAACAACAGAAUGGAAAUAGAUUGUCUUCUGGAGGCGUUGGGGGUAAACCUAAAGGAGGGAAGAGUCUGAACAUGAAUAUGAAGUUUGUCUGUGCUCGCUGCUGGGCGGACCGCCGCAUCGGGGAACCUGACAAAGCCCUGAAGUACUGCAGCGCUAAGGCCAGGCACCUGUGGUCUAGAGAGAGAAGCGUCCUGCUGGUGAAGUCUUUGGAGAGAAGUAAAUGGGUCGAGAUCAGACCGCUGCCACAUGCCAAGAACUUCCCUGUGUAUUAUGAUAUAUGUACCCAGAUUUUGGAGAAAAAGAAAUGCAACUACACCGGGAAAUGCACCUUUGCCCACAGCCCGGAGGAGAAGGACAUGUGGAUGUAUAUGAAGAACAACGACUUGCACGACAUGCAACAGAUGUACGACAUGUGGCUGUCAUUAACUGCCAACAACCAUCAAGCAAACGGAGCCGCGCUCACUCAGUCCACAUCAGAGGAAAAAUACAUAGUCAUGCCGACUGACUACGCUGAGCCAAUGACUGGCUUGUACUGCCGUCUGUGUGGUCGGCAUAGUAACGGCGAGCGGCAGUGGCAGCAGCACAUCUCGUCUGAGAAGCACAAAGACCGAGUGUUCAGCUGCGAGGGAGAAGAGGAGGCUCUGACCUGGAACUACCGCUUCCCUGGACUCUGCUUUGACCUCUGCCCCAAGUUGGAUGGUGGCUGUCCUGAAGGCGUGAGCUGCGACUUCGCCCACAGCAUGGAGGAGCUGCAGGAGUGGACCGAGAGGCGUGACUUCCUGCGGCAGAAGCUAGCCAAAGCCAGAGAAGACAUGCUAGUCAUGCCCGACGAGUUUGACUUCGGGAAGUUCAACUUUCUACUUCAGGACUGAGUAGAUUUAUUUCACGUUAUGAGCCUUAACUGCCAAACUAGCCUGUCUUUUUAUUCAACAUGACCAAAUCAAACGAGCAGUGUUAAAAAUGGCACUGCCAGAAGAACCUUUCAAACAUGCCAUAAACCCCUUCAUUUCAAAAUGGUAAAUAUUUUAAUUUUUAGAUGUUUCUUAUCCCUGUUUUGAGAGCCACUUUUGCACGUGUCUGUUCAGUCAAACAUCAGUAAUAAAAGUGCUGUGAAGUAAGGCUCAUAUUGGUGCCAAUGUAAAAAAGACACAGAUACAAACACAUUUUGAAUAUUCAAAAAGGAUAAUAUUGUCCCAUACAUGCAGCCUUUUCUUUGCUCAAACUAAUGUGAAAUUCACACAAAUGUGUUGAGUUGUUUAGUUAUUUUCCCUUAUGUUGCGUCCUGUUUAUAAAGGGAGUUUUAUUAUCAAGAGUGCGUUCAGACUACAGUUCACUCGGAGUUUAUGUGUAUCAAAGUCUCAAUAAAGCCAUGUAACAAAACCAA